CGGACUUCCUCGUCUUGUCUUGCUUGCCCCCUGGCAGGCCCAAGGCGUCGUCGAGUGCCGGCGGCAGUGCCGGCUCGUCCCCCUGCCACUCUGCGGCGGACGACUUGCCGACGUCAGCUCGGGACGUUCCUGCACCACCGAGCUCGCCGGUCGGCAGCGCCGGGGGCCCCGCAUCCGGGGGGGGGCGGCGGCGGCUCCCCGCCCCUGGCGCUGCUCCCGGCGCCCCGCCCCUGGCGGCCGCCCCCUCCGGAGGACGUGAUGCAGGUCUCCUCCGUGUGCGGCGUGGAGGAGGCUCUGGCCCGCAAGGCCCUGCUCCGGUCCGGCAACAGCCUCGAGCGCGCGGUGGAGCUGCUGCUCGAGCGCCCCUUCGAGCUGCACUCGCCGCCGCGCAGCUCGCCGCGCAACUCGGACGCCGCGCGCUCCGACUUCGCCUCCGUGCAGCCGCCGUCGACCCGGGACUCCAUCGACCUGAACCCCGACGACGUGGCCGCGGCCGAGGCGUGCAACUACAAGGAGGACGAGACGGCAGCGGAGCACGCCGCGGCCGAGGAGCAGCGCCGCCUCGGCAAUCAGGAGUCCGCGGCCGACCAGAUGGCGCAGCUCCAGGCGGGGCUGGGCGGCGCCAUCGCCGCCAUCGGCUCCGCCGGGCCCUCCGCGGGCACGGAGCUGAGUCCAGAGCAGCGGAAGUUGGUGGAGGCCGUCGCCGUGGCCAACGUGAAGCAGGCGGAGGAGGCGAUCGCCGGCGGCGCGGACGCCGCCCACGGCGCCGGCACGGACGCCUCGCUGCUGCACGCGGCGCUACGGACGGCCUACGGGGGCCGGCUCCUCGAGAGGCACGCGGCCGUGGUCCGGCUGCUGCUGCGGUCGCGCGCCGAUCCGGCGGCCACGGACAGCCAGGGCAGGGCGCUGGGGCACCGGCUGGCGGAGCUCGGCGCGGAGGAGAUGCUGGCGGAGCUGCACGGGGAUGGCGCGCUGGACCUGCAAGGCCGCGACGCUUCGGGGCAGACGCCGCUGCACAAGUGCGCCGCCGCGGGGCGGGCCGGCGCCACGGCGCUGCUGCUGUCGUGGGGCGCCGACCGCGACGCCAAGGACGCCAGCGGUGCCACGCCCGCCGACGUCGCGGGCGGUGCCGGUGCCGAGGAGACGCUCGACGAGCUGCUCGGGCGGCCGCGGCUGCUGCAGCUGGCGCAUCGCCUGCAGGCCGCGCCCGCGGGCGGGCCCGAGGCGGGCGCGCAGGCCGCGGAGGGCCAGGAGGCCGCGUCCGGGCCCGCGGCGAGGGCUCUGGCCGCCAAGGAGGAGGGCAACGCGCUCCUGAAGGCUGGCAACUUUCCGGCGGCCAUCGAGCAGUACACCCUCGGCAUCGCCCUCGCGGACGCCGAGGAUCGUGCCUUGGCCGCGGACUGCUACAACAACCGGGCCGCGGCGCACAUGCAGCUGCGCAACUACGAGAACGUUGUGCAGGACGCCACGGAGUGCCUGCAGCGGAGCCCGGGCAGCGCGAAGGCCUUGGUGCGCCGCGCGCAGGCCUACCAGCAGCUGGAGAAGUUCAAGGUGGCAUUGGUAGACACAACGACGGCUAUGAAGAGCGGCUUGCUCACCCCCGCCUUCGAGAAGACCGCGCGGAUUGUGCACAAGGAGGUCAGAGAGGCGCUGCUCGCGGAUGGUAUCAACCCCGACCUGAUCUGCGGGGACGUGAGCCUCCCCGCCAUUAGGGCGGGCGUGAGCAACCAGUUCACUUCUAGGUAUGCUUUCCCCGCGAGGUCCGGGGUGCUCGCCGUGCCGCGCUCGAGGACGCUCUCGGGCGUCGAGCUGGCGGGGGCUCCGCGGCCUCGCUGGCCUGGGAGCACGUCUCGCGCGGCGCCGACCCGCCCGCGGCCUGGGGUUUCGAGCUGCGCGCGGUGGGCUGGGACGCGGAGGACGAAGGUGCCUACAUUCCCAGCGACGAGUUCGCGGUUGAGCUGCCUCGGCGCGGCACGCUGGCCAUGCAUUGGCAGGAGCAGGCCCUGCCCGCUGCCCUGCUGGGCGCCCCCGCGCCAGAGCUGCACGCCAGCGUGGAGGAGGCCCGCCGCGAGGAGAGCAGGAGAGUUACCCUGGACGCCUGCCUUGACGCGACGCUCGGGGCGAGGACUCUGAGCGAGGAGGAUGCGUGGGAGUGCCCGAAGUGCCAGUCGCGGCAGCGGGCCACGAUCCGCUCCACCGUUCAGCGCGUCCCGCAGGUCUUGAUCGUGCAGCUCAAGAGAUUCUACUACACCAGGAGCGCUGGUUGCGAUAAAGACGCGUCGGGACCCCAGAGAGCAUCGCAUCCGCUGCCAGUCUCACUUGAAAGUGCUCCCUCGCUCGGCGAAGGGGGGGGGCGGAGACAGCAGCAGAGGCGCAGAGUGGUGGCGGACACGGGC